AUGGAGAAAGACAAGGUCUACUACCAGACUCAGUGGCAAAAUAAUAGCGUCCAGGCUGUCCGCAAUCAGUUGAAGAAAUACAAUGUAAGCUAUAGCAAAAGAGACAACAAACCAACACUAGUGGGCAAAGUCCUGUGCGAAGAAUACAAGCGAAGAAUUGCGGCAUAUGAAGCAGAACUACUUGACGAUAGCAAUGAUCCACACUGUCGGGGGAGAUUCGCCAGAAUGAUUUCCGAUAAAGAAUUCGUCAUAGAUCACUUCGACAUCCUUAGCAAUACAACUAUCAGAUUCUACGACAGCCAGAAGAAAGCCUUUGACAAAGAACUACUCAAAGCCCGCAAGAAGGUCGAGGAUGCCUGCACCGAAUAUGUGGAUAAAUUGAAGGAACGUCUGAUUAAGGGUGACAACCGACCAGAACCAAUUGCUCCUAAUCUUUCGCGCUACUACGACUUUCAUUCAUUGAGUAGUGGCAAUACUAAUGAAUCGGACGUCGAAAAACCUCCCCAAGUAAGAUAUUACCUCUCAAACAUUCUAGUUAUAGAGAGUUAACCUCUAAUCUCAGAAGAAGGCCAAAGUGGAAGUUUUUGGUAAUCCGUUGAACCUCAAUUUGCUUUCCACCUCUCACGCAUUCAAGCCCGACAAUGUAAGUGAACUCGUUUGGUUCUCUAUUGAUGAGUCUUAAUAACCAUUCAAGGUUCCGAAUCAAUGUGCCCAUGCCGAGCGUAACAUCACCGCAUCGCCAUCUUUGGACCCGCUCGAUGACCCCAAGUUCGAGAAAUCUUUUCAGACCAAGAAUCCAGGUCCAAGUCUUUUCCCCGGCCUCUUCUUUGCUCAACGCUCUCCGCACAUGUACCAUAUUCAUAUAUCCAAAGAAUACCAUCGCGUCCGAGGAGAUCGUCUUUUCCUGUUCCUUGAACUGGUCUACGAAUAUCGCCCAACGCAAGGUUAUGUUGACAGCACUGGUUAUUUUAUCAAUUUUGUAAACGGUUCUUCCGUCGAAGGUGCUGCUCUGCAUCUUAGAAGAUCAAUGAAGGACAAGAAUUUAUUUGAUCAUCCUCAACCAAAGAUAUCUGGCCUUAACAAUGGACAACCAUUUGGACCAUUUGGACCAUUUGGAAUUGAGUUGAGUGAGGGGCAUGAUGAGGAGACUUCAAAGUUGACUACGGCGACUAAAGAAGAAGCAGAUGCAUCGAAAACCGGCUAA